UCUUAGAUUUGAUUCAAGCAAUCUCAGAGAGAGCAGAGAAGAAAAAAGAGAAAGUGUAAUUUUAAGAGAAAUAUCCACAAGAUCAGAGAUGGAAACUAAAGGUGUCCCACUAAUUGACAUGCAAGACCCUCAUGGUCUAGCAGAGAAACUAGUGAAAGCAUGUGAAGAAUGGGGUUGCUUUAGGCUAGUGAACCAUGGAAUUCCAUCGACAGUCUUGUCAGAAAUGAAAGUUGUUUGCCGCUCGCUCUUGGAUCUUCCAUUCAAAAUCAAGCAAGGAGACUCUCCUCCUGGGCCUGGCCAGAGAUACACGCCACUAAACAUGGCAAGUCCAUAUUUCGAGGGACUGAAUAUCUAUGACAUGGCCUCCCCGGGGGCUGUCGAUGAUUUUUGUACUCAAGUUCAUGCUUCUCCACAUCAAAGGGAGAUUAUAUUGAAGCACUCUCAAGCUCUAUUUGAGCUUGCGAAAGAUCUUGGUGGAAAGAUGACUGAAGGGUUGGGUUUGGGUGGACUAGAGGCAUUCAAGGAUUGGCCUUGCCAGUUCCAAAUGAACAAGUACAAUUAUAGCCCAGAAAGUGUUGGAUCAACCGGUGCUGUAAUGCAUUCAGACCCUGGAUUCAUCACCAUAUUACAGGAUGAUGAAUUGGUUAAUGGUCUAGAGGUUGUGAACAAGUUUACUGGAGACUUAGUCUCCGUGGAUCCCAUACCAGGCACCCUUGUUAUCAACAUUGGAGAUGUUGGCAUGGUAUGGAGCAAUGGAAGAUUUAACAACGUCAAGCAUAGAGUACAAUGCUAUAAAGCAACUGUUCGUAUCUCAAUUGCAUUGUUCGUGUUAGGACCGAGAGGUAAGAGGGUUGAAGCAGCAUCAGAGCUGGUGGAUUCAGAGCAUCCUCGUCUUUACAAUCCAUUUGAUUUUGAGGCAUAUAGAAAGCUACGUCAUUCCACCAAUUCACCCACAGGUGAAGCUCUCGAGUUGUUCCGAGCCGCCUUGCCAAUUGAUUCUUGACUUUCAGAUGUGGGUUCAGAGAGAAGGGGCGGAUUAUGAGGGUUAAUUAUUCGCUCUUAGCUAUUAAUAUUGAUUGGUUGCCAUUAUAUAUCAUUUCUUGUAAUCGUUAUUCUCCUUUGCCCUUGGAGUGUCUAAUUGGAUCGCUUAUACAUUAUUGGAUAUAUUAA